AUGGAAGGUAGACAAGAUCCACCGAUAAUAAGAUUUGAUGAAUCUGAUAUAAUUUCAACUUCUCCCGCUCUUUUACAAGUUUCCGGCACUCAGAUUAAAAUUUCACAAUCAGUCUCUCCAGGAUAUGAAAUUCCCAACUCACAAUUCAACCAAUCUCAGAAUGUUGAUAUAAGAUCAUUCAAUUUAUCAGAUCAAGUUGGGGAAGAUGAUGAGCAAAUUGCCCAAACAUCUCGUAGAAUACCCUCGUUUUUACAACGGCAAAGGAGAAAAUCUUUGCACGUUGAUGACGACCUCAUUCCGAUGUCAAAUUUUUCCAACCGUGAUAAAGAAAGCGUGACUAAUGAAAAAAAAAUUCAAAAGGAUUAUGAAAUAGAUCAGGAAUCUUCGCAAACUGGGAAAAUGCAUAAUCGACUGUUGUCUAUCAAGCGCUCAAAGAGGUUUGGGAUGGUGAGUCAGUUAGUAUCAGAGGCGUCUUCGCGGGUUGUAAAUUUGGCAAAUGUGUCGAUGGAACAACAUCAGAAAGAGCGUUCAAGUUUAACGGAUACGUUAGGGCCUUCAAGUAUGAAAAACUUGGCCUCCACUUUCAAGGAUUCUUUGAAAAACGAAGAAUUCGCCUCGCAACAAAAGCAAGGAGUUGGGUUAGAUCCCCCAAAUUUUAGUUCUUGUAAUAUUGAGCCGCUCAAAGGUUAUUCAUUGGGCAUUUUCUCACCGAACAAUUCCAUAAGAUUAUGGUUUUAUGGUGUGCUGAAUAAGACGUGGACCGAGCCUAUAAUAUUAUGUUUCAUUGUAAUUCACAUCAUACUUUUGGUUGCUGAUGCAUGGGUUCCAUUCGAGGAUAGUCCAAAUGCUCCAAUUACGCCGCCAAAUAUUUGGGGUAGUUCGUGGACUGACUAUGGAUUAUUGAUCGUGUUUACUAUAUUCACGUAA